CUCCCUCUCUCUGUCUAAAACCCUAACUCUCUCUCUCUCUCUCUCACUCGCUCUCUUCUCGUGCAGCAAUGGAGUUCUGGGGUGUUGAGGUUAAAAGUGGACAAAAUCUUCCGGUGUAUCCUGGUGAUAUCCAGGUCAUACAUCUUUCACAGUCUAAUAUUGGUGAGCUUAAGAAAGAAAAGGGAGGUGAAUCCAUUUCCUUGUAUGUGACUGUUGAUGGGAAGAAACUUGUUCUUUCUACUCUCCACACAGAGAAGCUCCCUCAGCAGCAAUUCGACUUGAUUUUUGAUAGAAAAUUUGAACUAUCACACAACUGGAAAAAUGGAAGUGUCUUCUUUUAUGGAUACAGGGCUGUUAAACCUGGCGAAUAUCCUUUAUUAUAAUUUUCUUAUCUUUUGUUGUUCAGUUUUGCAAUGGCAUUUUAACGUUCUGUUUGAAACUAUGUUUUGUUAAAACCUUAACAUGUUCUCUUUUGUGCUCACUGAGUCUGAUGAUGAAUUAGAUAGUGAUGAACUUGAUGCAUUCAUUGAGACACAUCACCAGCCAGAGAUUAAGACACCUGCCAUACCAGAAAAAGAAAGUGCUGCCAAGGAAUCUGCUGCUGCACAAGAAAAGGAAAGUGCUGCUAAGGAAUCUGCUGGCAAGAAGAAGGUGAAAAUAUCCGAACCAAAGAAAGUACAGGAGGAAGGUGAAGAUGAUGAAAGCAGUGAUGAAGAUGAAGACAUGGAUGCUGACGAUGAUGAUUCCGAUCUUGAGUUAGAUUCGGAUGAAGAUGAAAGUGAUUCUGAAGAUGAAGAAUCAGAGGAUGAAGAGACUCCAAAGAAGGUUCAAAGUGGGAAGAAGAAGCCUGCAGAAUCUAAAAAGACAGAUGAGGAAUCAGAGGAUGAAGAGACCCCAAAGAAGGUCCAAAGUGGCAAGAAGAAGCCUGCAGAUUCUAAAAAGAAAUCUGCUGUCCCCGCAAAGAAGGUAAACUUGGAUGAAGAUGAAAGUGAUUCUGAAGAUGAGGAGUCUGAGGAGGAAGAGACCCCAAAGAAGGUCCAAAGUGGCAAGAAGAGGGCUGCAGAAUCUUCAAAGAAAACUCCUGCAAAGAAGGUGAAGCUUGCCACUCCUCAGAAAACUGAUGGGAAGAAAAGCAAUGAUCAUGUGGCUACACCACACCCUUCCAAGAAAUCUGGGAAGACAGCUGGUAAACAGACCCCAAAAUCAGCAGGCUCUCAUAAGUGCCAGAAAUGCGAUAGGUAAACACAGGAAGUGAUCAUCUCUUAGUUUUGAGUUCUGUUUGGAAUCCACAAAUCAACACCCGUUUUUCGGUUUUGUUUCAGGGCAUUUGCUACUGAAGCUGGUCUGGGUUCCCACACAAAAGACAAGCACGGAGCGGGAAAGUAAAUUCGACUCCCCUAGAGAGAUGAUAUCAGUAAUAGGUAGCUGCUUGCCUUGUUUUCUAGGCCACUUUCUUUUAUCAUGAGGCUCCAAUGUUAAUGGAGAGAGCAGUUUAGUAGUAUGUUUUUUGGAUUCAGUACUCUUUUAUUUACACUCAGAUCUGUUUUGUUUUGUUUUGUUUGGAUGGUUGUCAAUUUCUCCGUGUGAACAACCAAUUAUUCUCCAAAGGGUUUUGGAUGUUCUCCUCUUAUAUCCUAUGCUAUUUGAAGCUAUUCUGCUUUUAUUUAGGCCUUGUUUGGAACAUGGCUGUUGGUUGUUGGCUGGUUUGAAUGACCGAUUAAGUUAGCUGUUUUGACCGG